GGAGGAUCCUCUUUACUCUUCACAUGUGUCUGUAAUCUCUCUCUUAAGAUGUAUAAGUUCGUGGUGGUUGUAGCUCUCGUUACUGUCGCUUUGGCAGAACCUGAGGCCAGCCCAUACGGUUAUGGAGGCUAUAGUGGAUACGGCUGCAGAGCCUUACUAUGGUUAUGGCCGAAGAUAUGGAGGGUACGGUGGUUAUGGUGGAUAUAGCGGCCACCGAGGCUAUCAUGGCCAUGGCGGCUAUGGUGGAUAUGGUUACUACGGUUGAAACUAUGGUCAACAUGCUUAUGCAUCAAGCUUUUUUCAAAAUCAGAUCCCUGGAUAUAAACAUAUACACUUUCAAAA